GUAUAAGGCCGUCCUAGUAAGGAAUGGUAUAAAGCUUUGGAUGGUGAACUAGGCAGAAAAGGCCAGCAUUACUCACAUAGGAGACAAAGAAGCAUUCUAGAGAAAGCAAAGCAAUGGAAAAUCAAAGCGACAUGAAUCCGGAAGCGGAAACCCUAAUCAAGACAUUCUGCGAGAUCACUUCUGCUACCAGUCCUGAAGCUCUCUUCUACCUCGAAAGCCACAACUUCGACUUGGACUCCGCAGUUUCCACCUACAUCGAUUCCAACCAAUCAAUCCCCUUGGCCGCCGUCGCUCCCGCAACUGACUCCACUGCGGCUAAUGCACAGUCUCCUUCCGACUCUCAGCCCUACUCGCCCUCUCAAUCCGAUGCCUCCUAUCCCUCUCGCUCGCGGACCCCUUCUCCAGGUCGUAGCUCCAGACCUUCCGGCGCUUAUAAUCUCCGGUCUUCCAAACCGAAGAUCGCUUCUGAUGCUGGCGGCAGUAGUACUGGCAGGAGAAGUGGCAGAAUUCAUACUUUCUCUGAUCUGAAUCGUCAAGGCGCUGAAGGAUCCGGGAGCGACUCAGACAAUCCUCAGGAGUACUACACGGGUGGAGAAAAAAAGUGGCAUGCUUGUCCAAGAUCCGUCCAAAAUGAAUGAUGUGGAUGCAAUAUUUGAGCAAGCCAGACAGACUCAACCAGCAGGAAGACCUAUUGAAAACCUUUCUCAAAGUUCAAGAAGCUUUGUUGGAACUGCAAGGAGACUCACUGGUGAAAUUGUUCCCUCUGCUCCUCAGCGACCAGAAGAUGUAAUACAUACUAUUACUUUUUGGAGAAACGGAUUCACAGUGGAUGAUGGACCUCUACGGAGGUUGGAUGAUCCUGACAAUGCACCCUUUUUGGAGAGUAUAAGGAAUUCCGAGUGCCCUAUGGAACUUCAGCCAUCUGAUAGGAAGGCAUCUGUUCAAGUUAAUCUCACAAGAAAAGAGGAGAACUGCCCUGUACCAGAGAAGCGGCAGACACCAUUUCAGGGUGCAGGAAGAACCCUAGCUAGCAGUACCAAUGACAAUGUACCAGCACAGUCAGGCGUUACAGCCCCUCCUUUGACCACCGCGCCUGCCCCGAUCAUGGGGCUAACAGUGGAUCAAACACAACCCUCCACUUCAAUCCAGCUCAGGCUAGCAGAUGGGACUCGCAUGGUGUCACGGUUCAACAUGCACCACACAGUGAGAGAGAUUCGAGGGUUCAUUGAUGCAUCAAGGCCCGGCGCACCAAGAAAUUAUCAACUGCAGACUGUGGGGUUUCCUCCAAAGCAACUCACUGAUCUGGACCAGACGAUAGAGCAAGCAGGCUUGGCCAAUUCAGUCGUCAUACAGAGAGUUUAAUCAAGAUCAUUUGUCCUCAUUAUUAUGUUCGUCUUGUUUAGUUUGGAGCAUUUUCUUGCUGGCGUAUAUUCAAUUCUCAUCUCAAACUCUUUUAUGUUCUAAAAGCAACAUUCCAUAUCUGGUCAUCUUGAAUGUGAUGUUAAAAGUGUUUAUGUGGGAAAUUGGGAAUUUCUCUUCUCAAAGACAGGCUAUUCCAUUUUCUAUUGUGGUGAGAAGGAUUAUUCAUGUGAGAAAUGAGAUGCACAGUUUAAAUUAGGAUAAAAAGUAUAAAUUAUUUAUAAAAAUGUCAUUG